AUGGACGUAGACGUGGACGUGGACGUGGACGUGGACGUGGACGUGGACGUGGACAUGGACGUGGACGUGGACGUGGACGUGGACGUGGAUUUGGACGUGGACAUGGACGUGGACAUGGAUGUGGACAUGGACGUGGACGUCGACGUGGACGUGGACGUGGACGUGGACGUGGACGUGCACGUGGACGUGUACGUGGACGGUGACGUGGACGUGGACCUGGUCGUGGUCGUGGACGUGGACGUGACCUGGACGUGGACGUGGACAUGGACGUGGACGUGGGACGUGGACGUGGACGUGGACGUGAACAUGGUCGUGGUCGUGGACGUGGACGUGGACGUGGACGUGGACAUGGACGUGGACGUGGACGUGGACGUGGACGUGGACGUGGAUGUGGACGUGGACGUGGACGUGGACGUAGACGUAGACGUGGAUGUGGACGUGGACGUGGACAUGGUAUUGGACGUGGACGUGGACGUGGACGUGGACGUUGACGUGGACGUGGACGUGGACGUGGACCUGGACGUGGACCUGGACGUGGACGUGGACGUGGACGUCGUGGUCGUGGACAUGGACGUGGACGUCGACGUGGACAUGGACGUGGAGGACUUGGACGUGGACAUGGACGUGGACGUGGAGGACUUGGACAGAGACGUGGACGUGGACGUGGACGUGGACGUGGACGUGGACGUGGACAUGGACGUGGACGUGGAGGACUUGGACGUGGACAUGGACGUGGACGUGGACAUGGACGUGGACAUGGACAUGGACGUGGACGUGGACAUGGACGUGGACGUGGACGUGGACGUGGACGUUGACGUGGACAUGGACGUGGACUUGGACGUGGACGUGGACGUGGACUUGGACGUGGACGUGGACGUGGACACUGUGGACAUGGACGUAGACGUGGACGUGGACGUGGACGUGGACGUGGACAUGGACGUGGACGUGGACGUGGACAUGGACGUGUACAUGGACUUGGACGUGGACAUGGACGUGGACGUGGACAUGGACGCGGACAUGGACGUGGACGACGACGUGGACGUGGUCGUCCACGACGUGGACUUGGACGUGGACGUGGUCUUGGACGUGGACGUGGACAUGGACGUGGUCGUGGUCCUGGACGUGGACGUGGUCGUGGACGUGGACGUGGACAUGGACGUGGAGGAUGUGGACGUGGACGUGGACGUGGUCGUGGACGUGGACGUUGACGUGGACGCGGACGUGGACGUGGACAUGGACGUGGACGUGGACGUGGUCGUGGACGUGGACGUGGACGUGGACGUGGACAUGGACGUGGACGUGGACGUGGACGUGGACGUGGACAUGGACGUGGACAUGGUCGUGGACGUGGACAUGGACGUGGACGUGGACGUGGAUUUGGACGUGGACAUGGACGUGGACAUGGACGUGGACAUGGACGUGGACGUCGACGUGGACGUGGACGUGGACGUGGACGUGGACGUGGACGUGCACGUGGACGUGGACGUGGACGUUGACGUGGACGUGGACCUGGUCGUGGUCGUGGACGUGGACGUGGACCUGGACGUGGACGUGGACAUGGACGUGGACGUGGACGUGGACGUGGACGUGGACGUGAACAUGGUCGUGGCGUGGACGUGGACGUGGACGUGGACGUGGACAUGGACGUGGACGUGGACGUGGACGUGGACGUGGACGUGGACGUGGACGUGGACGUGGACGUGGACGUAG